AUGGAACAGAAACGGACCAGAAAUUUCUCUUUGGGAACAUCGUUCUUAAAUCUACCCCCAGAGCUCCGUUUAAAAAUCUACGAAGAAGCACUCGUUUCUCCAAAUGAUUACACCGACAAACCAAUGAUCAUCAUUCAAAAUCGCGGCAAUACCUUCACAACACGGGGAAGAUAUAGAGCAAUGUCAAUAUGCCCAAGCUGGGAAGGAAACGACGGCACAGCGCGCAAACUCCUAGGCCUAAAUCACCAAAUCCACGACGAGGCCGAAGACUUCCUCUACUCAAAGCACACUCUAUUCUUCCGCAACUCGUUCGACCUCGAUCGGAUAGGGCAGUUCCUCGACACACUAAGCCCCACGGCACGGGACCAAGUGCGCAGCGUCGGAUUCGAAGUCUUCUUCUUCGUGCACGCCGAAGCAGACGUCCCCAAGCGUACAAUGACGGAAUACGAACGUGCCGGCAAACUUCUCGCGGAGAAACUCCCUCGCUGGGAGAGUGUGCUGUUUUACCUUGAUCCGCGAUUCUAUUACCCCUCCACGUUGGCCGGAGGCACCAAAGCCGCUAGUACUCGGGGUGUCCUCGAUCUCGCGACUCGAUUCGCGACUUUAUGCAAGGAUGUUACUUUCUCCCCACUUCCGGAUGAAGACCAUCAUCUUCUCAUAGAGGCGCAACAGAUUGUUUGGCGGAGUAGCUCGCCGAAACGGCGUGAGUUGGGAGAUAGUCGGCAAUCGGUGAAGUAUUCUUCUUCUUCUUCACGGGAUGCAGAGUGGCAUGGACUUGCAGAGUAUGACUCUUCGGCACUUAUAAGUGCAUAA